ACCAGAGGAAACCCCUUGCAGUUGUGUUUCUCAUUACCAAGCUAUGCAUUCCUUCAUCUUCUUCAUUCUCUUCUUUCCUUCCAUCUUUCUUGAGACAGAAGCCUCCAGUGAAAUCUGUGAAACAAAGAAGUGCGCUGUUGGAGCUCCUGAGAUUCGGUUUCCUUUCCGAGUAAAAAGCCAGCAGCCCCAACACUGUGGUCACUGUGGUUUUGAUCUUGACUGCAGCAACAACAGAACCACAAUCCACAUCCCAUCUUAUGGUGACUUGGUCGUGAAAUCUAUCUCCUACGAUAGCAAGAUACUUGAGCUUCUUGACCCCAAGAACUGUGUCCAUGGAGUCUUUCUUAAUCUUAAUCUCUCCCUUACACCACUUCAAUACUACUAUGUCAUGAAAGAGUACUCGUAUCUCAAUUGUUCAGUUAGGCUACCAAGAUCUUUCACAGAAGUUCCCUGCUUGAGUGGCUCUAGCUACCAUGUGUACACUGUUGAGCCUACUUUUGCUGUACCAAAUUCUUGCAGGGUAGUGAAAACUGUUCCUAUUCCUUUUGAGUAUAGUCCCUAUCUGGCUGAUAAUAGCUUCGGUCUGGGAUUAACCUGGAACAUACUUGGCCAUGAAGAUUCUCAUGAAGCAAAAGUAGGCUCAUUGCAGACUGAAACAGAACAAGAAACUGAUUGCUUCACAAUGGCACAUGUUAAAGUGUGUGUUGCAAUUCUUAUUUUCGUGGCGGCAGCAGUUAUUAUAAGAGUAAACAUGAAUCAGUCCAUAAAACGACAUAAUCAGAAACAAGUGGAAAAUCAAAUUCAGGUUGAGGAACUGCUGGGAGAGUACAAAGCCAACAAGACUGGAAGAUAUCAUGAAGCUGAUCUUAAGCAAAGCAACAGCCAGUGUGAAACAGUUAUGGACAUUAAAAUCAUGAAGACUCAGAAAGUGCAAGUAUGAUAUUUAAAGCCAAAAAAGAUGUCCCCCAUGUUAAGAUGCAGUUCUGAUGUUGCUGGUAUACACCAGUUCCGAUGAUGCAGUCCUAUGUAAAGAAUAUAAGGCCUAUACACAACAGGCACUAAUCUCUAUUAUGCUUUUUACGGCUACUAAAAUUUCAAGUAUGUAAUAGGAGUAGAGAUUUCAGUACCCUACAGUUUUACCUUUUGAUGUUGCUACUGGUGAAUAACCAUCCACUGUUGAAGUAGUGAGGUUUUUGUACUUUACAU